ACAAAGGGUCGUGGCUUUUGUAGGGAGGUCCUAGGGGUCAUGGGUCACCCUGUUUUGCCUGGGAAGGGGUGGGCUCUCUCCCACACACACACACACACACACACACACACACGGGCAGCAGUGCUGGAGAGCCGUGUGCCAUUCCUCAGCACAACCUCCGAACCCUGGCGAUGGACCGUGCGACCGCUGUGCUCACCCUGUUGACCAUGCUCUGGGGCGCCACCCCCACUCUGGCGUGUUUCUGUGAUCACUACCCGUGGACGGCGUGGUCCACGUGUUCUCGAACCUGCAACUACGGCACGCAGCAGCGACACAGGACAAUUCGCCACGAUGAGUACUACUGGAAGAAUGCGUGUGAGCAGCUGUGUGUGAAGCAGGAGAGCCGUGCCUGUAACGUGGAGGCGUGUCCAUUGCACUGUCAUCUGAGUGAGUAUGGCCCCUGGUCAGCCUGCUCGUCGUGUGCCAAGAAACAGUUCAGGACGCGCGAGCUGGUGACCCCUGCCCAGUUCGGGGGCAGCGACUGCACCGAGCCGCUGGUGGAGGAACGGCCCUGUCACCCCAGCACCGAGUGCCACAUUGAGAAAGUAGACUGCAAAGACAGGUUCACGUGUGACAAUGGGCGCUGCAUCAGCACCAAACUGAGGUGCAACUCCCAGAACGACUGCGGUGACAACUCAGAUGAGAGGCAUUGCGCCCGCAUGGUCCGGGUGUGCAACCGUGUGUUCGAGAGCAUCCCUGGAGCCGAGCUCAUGGCCAGCGGGUUCGACGCCGCAGCCGAGAAGAUCAGGGCGGCAGUUCUCGACAAUUCCUUCUUCGGGGGCGAGUGCACCACCAACAGGAGUCGAGAAGACAGGAAGUGGUACCGCAUCCCGGCCAACGUUGAGGAAGUGCAGCUCAAAGUGGAGUAUGUGGAGGAUUACAAGGCGGAGGCGGAGGAGGCGCAGAGCGAAGUCGUGAACUUGGCCUCAGAUUCAUCCUCCAGCUCAAGCCAUGAGGACGGCGGUGGCCUUUUUAUUCCCAUCCUCUUCUCGUGGAGAAACUCAUACAUGUCCCGCAAGACAUCCUCCUUCAGGAGCGCUGUGAAGGCCUCACAGCAGAAGGACUCCAAGUUCAUCCGCGUCCACCAGGCGGUGCGCGUGUCCACCUUCAGGACCAAGUCCUCCGACUUGUACCUGUCUGAGCCCUUUCUCCGGACGCUCAGCAGCCUGCCGCUGGACUACAACUAUGCCCUCUACAGGCAGGUCUUCCAGCUGUUUGGCACCCACUACUUCAAAGCAGGCACCCUGGGGGGCCACUACGACCUAUUGUACCAGUACAACCGCGAGGAGGUGAAGAACUCCGGCCUCACAGAUAGUGAAGUGAGCAGUUGCGUUCGCAGAGAAACUUCCUUCAGGUUCCUGAUCUUCUUCUCGUCCUCAAGGAUCAACAGACAGUGCUACACGAACAAGAUGUCGGAGAAGUACGAAGGCUCCUUCCUGAAGGCGUCAGAGCGCUCCAUCUCCAUGGUGCGGGGCGGCCGGGCCGAGUACGCCGCUGCUCUUGCCAUAGAGAGGCAGGGGGUUCUUCCGGACAGCACCACCUACAAGGACUGGAUGGAGUCCACCAAAGACAACCCCACUGUAGUGGAGUACGAGCUGCGGCCCAUUCUGGAGCUCGUGCGAGGCUUCCCCUGCGCUGUGACCAAGCGCCAGCACCUGGAGAGGGCACUCAUCGAGUACCUGGAAAGCUUUGACUCCUGCAAGUGUGCCCCCUGUCCCAACAACGCGCGGCCUGUGCUCUCGGGAACGGAGUGCCUCUGUGUGUGCCAGAGCGGCACCUAUGGACCCAACUGUGAGAGGCGGGCUCAAGACUACACCUCCAAUGCGGUGGACGGUCGCUGGAGCUGCUGGGGACCAUGGAGCACAUGCGACUCGUCCAUGAGAAGACAGCGAGUCCGGGAAUGCAACAACCCUGCCCCGCAGCAAGGGGGAAAAGCAUGCCCGGGGGAGCGCCGCCGGGAGGAGGAGUGUUUCAUCUCUAUCUUCCAAAAGCAGGACGUGUGUAUCAGUGACGAUGAGACGGUAACAGAGGACCAGAACGCAGAGCUGCCACCCGGUACACCUGGCUGCUCCAGACCAAAAGCACCUCCCAACAGCUACCUGAGGAUCAACAAAAGACGUUUCAGCUUUGGAGACACGGAGGAAAUCCUCUGUCUCACCGGCUUCGAAAUGGAGGGCUACCAGUACAUCCGCUGCAUGCCAGACAGCACGUGGAGCAAGCCCAUGGGACAGUGCAUCAAGCGAGUGUGUCCAUCCCUGGCUCUGCCCGAAGGCCUGACUGCACAGCCUGAGAAAGCCGAGUACCGUGUCGGGGACACAGUAAUACUAAGCUGCGAGAGCACCGACAUGGUGCUCUCCGGCCGCCGCUACUACACCUGUGGGAUUGACCAAUCUUGGGAGCCGGCCCUCACCAGCGACCUGCACUGUAAAACUGAGAAUCCCUUUGUCCCGGACAGCAGCUGUGGGAGAGGCCAGAGGAGGGAUGGAGCCCAGUGUGUCUGCAUGGCGAGGGAGGAGUGUCAGCCGUACCGGGAGGACCUCUGUGUCCUGGACGCAGAGAAGGACCGCUUCACUAUGAUGUCGGCGUGUGCCUUCCAUGCCGGCCGUUGCCAUGGUGACCGGCUCUACUUCCUGAAUCGGGGUGCGUGCGAGAAGGACGAGUCUGGCAUGGAGUGGACCAGGUUCAGAGCCAGGCUGUCUGACCGGAGCAGUGUCCAGGAACCCUGCGGAGAUGACACCUGCUAUGAGUGGGAGAUCUGCUCAGGGCUAAAGAAGUGUGAGUGUAAGUUGCCCAGGGACUGCCCCAAGGACGCAUCGCCCUCCUUCUGCCUGGAGAUGCUGAAGACGCGCACCAAGCGGGCGAUGAGCGCGUGUUCCGUGGCUGCUAUGAAGUGCGCAGGGAUGCAGUUCAGACUCCUGCAGGACAACUCCUGUUAGUCACCCUGGUGAUGAGCGAGAUGAGCGCCUGGGAAGGGGGUGUCAUCCAAUGGAAGAAGGUGUUUUACACACAUUGUCCCCUGAAAUGAGGGAAUGGUGCUUCGCAUGUAGCCUGGAACACGUUGCCUCUGCUAUGGACUUCUGCUCUGUUUCCAAAAUUGAUACACACAUCAAAACUAGAGGUGUUUGGAGCUUCCCUUUGCACUGUUACUGCCCUCUGCCUGAGAACAAACCCGGAGAGCCACACUGGGGCCAGAAUGGUCACAUUUACUGAUAUUUUACUCAAUUGCAUUAUGAAUAUCAUUUGCUGGAGGGUGUCCUCAGCUGCAAGAAAAGCAGUUUUUUAAUAGCAAGUUUCCAUAUUUUGUUUAGAACUUUUUGCAGCUUUUUUUCAUUAAAGCAUCGACUGGUUUACUCUUGUUCAA